AUGAUCCCAAGACUCGAAGCACAAAGACGUAGAGCGAGAGCCGUCAACACAGCCUUAAUUGCAGAACAAAUAUGGGGAGUGAGACCUUCUCUUCGGCUCAGAAUCUGCGUUUGGGAAAUCAGAUUGGAAGAAAUUUGUCCGAAAGUUUCAUAUUUGUGUCAGCGGGGAAUGAACUGGGUCGCGGGUCGAAUAUCAUCCCAGGAAUGUGUGAUUCAGCGGAGAACUGAACCAGGCCUUGCUGCCGGGGAUGGAAAUAGGAGUGUGUGUCUCUAUAUAUGUGUUGCAUACUCGCCGCAACCGCGCGUCUUCCCCGAGUACGAGGAGGACGAGGACGAGGACGAGGACGAGGACGAGGGCGUGGAGGCGAUGGGGCAAGGACCUCGAGGACAGCAGUGGUAUCCUGUAGCGCCAGCCGGAGGACGCGUCUGGCGGAGGUCGGGCGCCCUGGGGCUGUCGGCUGUGCCAGGCUUCAAGAGGUCGGCUUUCCGGGCCAACAACAUGCAGGCUCAGCGCGCCAGGAACCAAGACGAUGACCUGUACUCCCUGGCCGCCAUGCUGGGCGCCGAGCUCGACCCCGUCACUCACCGCAUCCAACGCGCCGCUAUGUAGACCUGAGGACCUACGGGAGGCGCUCUAAGGAUGCGAAAAGGCCCACUGGGUGUUGGCUUGGCCCUGGGGGAGGGGGGAGGGGAAGUGUCCCUCAGGGUGACGAGAAUCUCCUGGGGGUUCUGAUAAGAACUAGGAGGUUGACUUGGGUUUCUCGAAGAAGCAGAAGAAAUGGGGAAAGAGGUACAUGGGUAGGGGAUUGGGUGCUGCCGGAUUAUCUUAGCAUUCCUCAUUCAUGGACAGAUGUGAAGAUGGCAGAGAAGUAGAAGAAUGGUGGAUAGAAAUAGAGGGAUAACGAGUGUGAACAUAAAAUCGUCCUCGUGCAUGUGAUGCCCUCACCAACUCAGGGUGUCGCUUGUGCUCAAGAUGAGAGAAUAAGUUACUCUAGGAAAUGUAUUCAUCUUAAUUCAUGGGUCUUUUCUUUUUCGUAGUCUCGACAGUUAAUUCAUAUUUGCGUUGUGAACCUUAUACUAACCCUCAAUCAUUUU